AAGAGGAGAGAGGUUGGUUCUGCAGGGGUUCUGUUCUGGUCCGGGAGUGCCGGACAGCCCCUGAGCUGCCACCCAGUAUCGUACAGACCCACCCCCAGCUCUGCGCCAGGCUCCACCCCAGCCAAGGACCCUCAACAGCGGCAUGGACUGCUGCACGGAGAGCGCCUGCUCCAAGCCAGACGACGAUAUUCUAGACAUCCCGCUCGAUGAUCCGGGAGCCAACGCCGCUGCAGCCAAAAUCCAGGCGAGUUUCCGGGGCCACAUGGCGAGGAAGAAGAUAAAGAGCGGAGAGUGCGGCCGGAAGGGACCGGGCCCCGGGGGACCGGGCGGAGCUGGGGGCGCCCGGGGAGGCGCGGGCGGCGGCCCCAGCGGAGACUAGGCCAGGUGAGGCUGGCUGGAGAGCAUGGCAGGCCGGAGGCUCUCAUUUUCCGGGCC